UGACAGAAAACAUCAGAUUCGUUCCAAAUUUUCGUCACUUUCUACUCUCAGACGUCCUGAAAUUUAUUAAAUUUGUUUUAAUAAGGUUUUUAGUCGAAAAGCGCCGCAUAAUAUUAUUGUAGGAUGGCAGAUAACAAGAAUGAACCGAGCUUGAGCCAGUAUUUUGCAAACGAUCCCCCCAGUUUUUUCGAUCAGGUUGCUGGAAAGGAUGCGAAAUCAUCUGCCCCAAUUCCCCAAGCAUACGCUUCGUAUGACUUCCUGCAGGCUUCGUCUGCGAAUGAUGCGAAAUCCAACAUCCCAGACAGCGUUCGAGAUCUGUGGGAGUUGCCUGUUUUGGAACCGGGUGUGUCCCCGUCGCUCACCAUGCCUGGAGUGAGUGUGGCCACCGAUUUGAAUGACCCGGUUCAGGAAGCCGUGAGUGUCCUGGUGGAUCCUGUUGAAGCCCAGCAUAGAAAAAUCUUGUCGCCAGACGAUGUCACGCAGGACGAGCGCGGAUUGAGGGAACUGAUUGAGCACGGAUGCUUCCGUUCGGCGGUCAAUCUUACGGCCCGGUUGCUAUUCAUCAAACAACAGGGUUUUGGCCGGGCUGGGUAUACGGUCAAACAUUCACCCAAUUCCUUGCAACUGUGGUUCACGCGGUUGGCACUACUGGUGAAGCUGGGACAGUUCGAAAUAGCUCGUGUCGAGGCGGAGCCGUUUGGAUCGCUGAACAAACCGGAUGUGUUCUAUGAAUUCUACCAUCCGGAUAUGCAUUCGGACAAAAAGGGAUCGAUGGCUUCGUUUUCUUUCAGGCUACUGUUGGCCGAACUACCAAUCUAUCUGGGGUCUCCAAGAGUGGCGUUGGACCGAUUGACGGAAAUGAUGGCUGUUGCCAGUCAAAUCAGGAGCUAUUUUGAAAAACUACCGGAUAGUGAAGCCAAUAAAGGAUCGGCACGGUUUUGGCAUUCACGUGAGAAACGUAUUCUACAUUCCAUUGUUAACUGUUCGCUACUGGUAAAGGAUUUCAGUCUGACUGAUCAGCUGAUUCGACGAUUGGUCGAUGAUCUAACGGCUACCAUAGACGAGAAGCGAUCGUUGCUAUCUGCAUGGGGCCGAAUCCGACUGCAAUGCGGAGACAUCUAUGGAGCUGAGAAGAAAUUCUCCGAAGCGAAACGUUUGCGCGACGGUGAUCAAACUCCUCAACCGGAUCUGCGGGAUUUGGUGGAUCGUGGUUUACUAGCGGUAGCACAGAACGAUUUCCAAAGCGCUUUCGAGUUGUUCCAGAAAGCAUCUGCACUGGAUCCGAACAACACGAUGUUGUACAAUAAUAUGGGCGUCUGUCUACUCUAUUCGGGGAAGCUGAAGGAAGCGAUUAAAAUGUUCGAAGGUGCCGUCCAGAGAAAUCCCAAGCAAGCACUGAACGAGUCACUGUUGGUCAACCUGUCUACGUUGUACGAACUGGAGUCGAACAAUGCCAAAGAUAAAAAGAUUGGGCUCCUCAAACUGGUCAACAAGCACCGGGCGGAUCUGAGCGUGGGCUUAGAUGUCUGUCUGAAGCUGCAGAUCAUUGCUUGAAGCGCUGAGUUUCAAUCGACGAAUAAAAGACGAAUAGUAUAGUUAUGGAGGUCAGAUAUAUUUGUCUGAAAAGUAGAGGAAUUAUUUUAAAAUAUCUAUUGACUUAUGUGAUCUAUAAAAUUAGUAAAAUAAUAAAAUAAUUACAAUUACCUAAA